AUGUCUCGUGCUCAGGUCCAGAAGUCUCCCGGUGGUGGCUGCGUCGUCAUGAAGUCCCCCGGCGGCGGCUGUGUUGUGAUGAAGGAUCACCCCAUGUCUGGCUGCGUCACCGGCGAUCACCCCGACAAUAGCUUCUGCAGCAUCCAAAAGCGCUCUCCCGGUGGUGGUUGCGUCGUCAUGAAGUCUCCCGGUGGCGGCUGCGUGGUCAUGCGAUCCGCUCCCUUCUAA